UCCACCAGUGUUGUGUCUGUGCAUGUCUAGCCGAAAACUGAACUGAGUCGGACUGUAGGUAGGAGCUGCCAAAAGACAUGACUUCACCUCAAGCAGUGAAAUACCUGAGUAGCUACAAUUUCUCAUCAACCUGGUUCUUAUAUUUAAUCUACGAAAAGGACACAAGUGCAGCGGUGUGACUGAUAACGCGAGAGAACACGAAAGAAUCACAGCUGAAAGAUGAAAGCCUGAAUUCCGUCUCCAAGAGCUAACAUUGUGUUAAGGUGAUUGUUAACUGCUACUCGGGUAACGUUACGCCUGUUAUUAUCCAGAAGCCAUAAGUACUAUAGCACUUCUAGCCUUUUUUCUCGGUAGCCUCGCUAUAAAACGGUGAAAACUACUAGACACGAACUGAACACCUAAUUUUACCCGACCAAAUGCUGACGAAAAUCAAUACGCUAACGCUAGUUAAGUCGUGUUUGUUUUGUGGUGGGGAUGAGGUCUGACCGUUGUUUGUUAGUGCAUUGAAUAGCAGUCAAUCUCUCUUCGUUAACGUUAUUAUUACCCAUUUUGUUGUGAAUAUAAUGCAUGGAUAGAGGUGAUAGAGUGACAUUCGAUGUGAGUCCCCCCCCAGUUUACUAACUGGCUAAUGUCGGGUGGUCAUCUAUCAUAUUUUAGUGAGCUUGCAAUCAGUCGGCUUUUUGACUACAUGUAACUUAACGGUUCCUGUGAGGCAAGGUUAGCCUCAUUACGCUGUCUAAAUGAUCCAGCAAUGUCCCCAGUUAGUUAGCAAAACAAAUUGGAGCUUGCUAAUUUUAGUUAGCUAGCGAUAGUAGCGUACGGCAAUAUUAGCUUGGAAAAGUAGCUGAAGGCAUGUAAGGUUAGCAACCGGUAGUUGUAGUUCUCGUCAUUGCAUAUAUUCCCCCCUCUGUCAAGUUGGUUAAUAGUCUACAGGUUAACUGUCGUCAAACUGAUUAGAGGGAGAUAUUUACGUUAUUUACUUAUAUGAAUGGGUUAACGUUAGCUAUUUUGCAGAUUGUUUGUUAACGUCAACACUAGCUAAUGUUGGCUAGUUUGGUUCCUAGCAAAUUCAUAUGUCAGUGUCACUGCCACAUAGUGUUACCAAACCAAGUCAGGCACGGAGUUAAACUUUUCUCAAACCAUGAAAAACUGUGAAUACCAACAAAUUGACCCACGGACACUGACUACACCAACGGCAACACCAACGUCAACACUACCGCUUGCUAGUAAAAAUGUCCAGCGACAGCGGAAAAAGUGGGAAGUGUUCCCCGGGAAGAAUCGCUUCUUUUGUGACGGAAGGAUUAUUGUUGCCCGUCAAAAUGGUGUACUACCAUUGACUCUUGGCCUUAUCUUCAUCACAAGUGGCCUAUUUUUUAUAUUUGACUGCCCCUUUCUGGUGGCCCACCUGACUGUAUGCAUCCCAGUAAUAGCUGGGGUGUUGUUUGUGUUCGUGGUCUUCUCUCUCUUGCACACCAGCUUUACAGACCCUGGCAUAUUGCCGAGGGCCUUGCCAGAUGAGGCUGCCGACAUUGAAAGGCAGAUAGACAACUCAGGCUCCUCCACCUACCGCCCCCCUCCCCGCACAAAGGAGAUCCUUAUCAAUGACCAGGUGGUUAAGCUUAAAUACUGCUUUACCUGCAAAAUGUUCCGGCCGCCGCGUACAUCACACUGCAGCCUGUGCGACAACUGCGUGGAGAGGUUUGACCAUCACUGCCCCUGGGUCGGGAACUGUGUGGGGAAGCGGAACUACCGCUUCUUCUACACCUUCAUUGUGUCGCUGUCUUUCCUGACCUCCUUCAUAUUCGGCUGCGUGAUCACCCAUCUCACCUUGCGAGCCCAGGGGGGCAACGGCAUCCUCAAUGCAGUUCAGCAGAGUCCUGCCAGUAUUGUGGAGCUGGUGGUGUGCUUCUUCUCCAUAUGGUCUGUUUUGGGCCUGUCAGGCUUCCAUACUUACUUGGUAGCCUCAAACCUAACCACCAAUGAAGACAUCAAAGGGUCGUGGUCGAGCAAAAGAGGGGUAGAGGACUAUAAGAACCCUUACAGCUACAACAACAUUUUCACCAACUGCUGUGUGGUGCUCUGUGGACCUAUGCCACCCAGUUUGAUCGACAGAAGAGGUUUCCUGCCUCCAGAGGACAUUCCACCCAUCAUUACUACGGAGCAGGAGCUGCCUCCCUUCCUGGCCAAGAACGACACAAACAUGUGUACGCAAGGCACCAAGGAUCUGCUCGAGACGAUGGCUCGCUCCCCCAUGUGUCAGGGCCAGUGCUCGCCCGGCACCCCCAAAACGGUCCCGCUGAGCCCCAGCCAGCACGACACGCGUCCGCUCACCAUCUCCAGCCCACAGGGCUCCCGUGCCCCCUCGCCACCCUCGCCACCCUCGCCACCCUCCACCGGCUGCUCCGGGCGCCAGGCCCCGGAGACGCACCCCUGCCCCUCCUCUCGAGGCGUCUUCCGACCUACGCUGCGCAUCCCCAACCCCGGCUUCCUGCUGGGCAGCCCGGCGUACCUGCACCCGCACGGCGCCCUCAUCUUCAGCGACUCCCCGGAGCUUGGCUUCCUGCCUCUGCCAUAGCGUCUCCACGCACCAGACAAGACGCACGCUGUACCCUACAAACACUGAACACUGCGUAUGUAGGUACAACCCUCGAAUGCUUGGUCACCCUCCCUGCCUUUGGUGGUGGUGGGCAUUUUGAAUGCUUAAUUACUGCCUCAAGCCUUGGUGGCCAGGCCACACCAGCCCUGAACACGAGGACCACAGGGCUUUUCCUUCCUCAAAGCGGCAGACUCUUAACGCGUGGGUACGACAACUCCGUACACCGAACUGAACACUUUUGUUAUUCCCUUGAACCCCUGAGCUCUGAAGUAUGGUAUGUCCAAGCAUGCUGUCUGCCACAAACUCCGAGAGAGAGAGGCGUGCUGUUCAGAAAGCCAUUGUAGAUGAACUGUUGCAGUAGCACAUGGCCUUGGAUGCCAGCUCUCCGGGCAUUGACGCCAGAGGACUGCUGAUAGCAUCAGGGCAAGGUUAUCGGCAUGAUUACCGAUUGUGAUUACUGUCUUUAGUUGUUGUUGUUAUUAUUAUUAUUAUUAUUAUUAUUAUUAUUGCUAUUAUUAUUAUUUUAAAACUCAGGAUUCUUGUGAGACGCCAUAUAUCCUUAAACCCCAUCCCUGGAAUUCUUAGUAAGGAAAGUGACGGGAAAACAAGUGUGUUCCCACAAACCUCAACUCAACACCAAACUAAAGCACAAAACCGCAAACAAAACUAAACAAUAUUUCAUGCACUUUCCCCAGCCUAAUACAUCUCAUUAAGCGAGACCUGUUUAAGUCCCAGAGCCUCAAAGUGAGGCUGCCUGAAGCAGCCUUUGCACCAUCGCAGGUCAGGCCUCUGCCUCAAGCAUCUCAGUAAGCUGAUUUCCACUGUGGAGAGUGUGCUUGAUGGGAUGGGCCUGAUGGGAUCGUGCGGACGGGACAUGGGGGCCCUGUGGCAGAAAAAGAGAUUUGAAAGACAAACGGCAGGGGAUUGACGGUUCGUGUCUCUUUUGCUGCCCCGAGGCUCUUUUUCCAUCGGUCCCCCACUCUUCCUCUAUCAUUGUUAGAUCCCUCUGUCUGAGUUGCUCUGAGUUGGUGUGGUGAGGUCAGGACAGGGGCACGUUAGCAAAUCAUUUCACUCCAUGUUUGCGGACUUCUGUCUGUUAAAUGUCAGGUGAAAGCAUAUGAGACUCUUACUUGGAUGUGUUGGGCUACUAAAAAUUGUGUUAGUGUUUGGUUAUGACAAAUUUGUACUUUUCUAGGUCAGGGAUGAUAUAGUAUUACGUUUCCUGCUCUGUUUGUUUCUUUUUAUCAAACAAAUAAUGACCACCACAUUGUGGACAUUGUGUGUGUUUUGAUUUUUGAUAUUCCUUUUCAGAAUUAUGUUACUGUCUAAUGUGAGUAUUGCCACAGGAAAAAUAGGCUCUAUUAAGCAACCAUGGAAACCUGUAUGAAAUGUAGAGUUAAGUCUGCUUAACGGAACAUUUGUCAUGCAGAAUUGAAACUGGAACGUUGGCCUUCUGUUACGAUGUUAAUACCGAUGAUGAUUUUUGUAAUGGUAGUUGAUGAGUUGAAUGAGUUUACUGUAACCCAGCACACAACACUACACCUCUGGCCACCACUGUCCCGCUCCUUCACCUUCUACCCUCCCAGCAAACAGGGGCCCAUGUCCCCCCAGUCCCCCACAGUCUGGUCCUACUCUGGGUCAAAAGUACUUUUUGGACUAGGAACACUUGCCACUGCCAACAUGUAUUUGCUGCCUAGUUUUGAUGGGUCAGUAAAUAGAUUUGAACCAGUA